AUGUCCGUCCGCCCAUUCUCCCCGACGGAGUCCUUCGCUUUCCCGAAGCCCCCCUCCGCCGGCGGUAAGAGCCGCCCCGUCUCCCCUUCCAGCUCUGGCUCGACCUUCAUCACCGCCAAUGCCGCCACCUCGCCGACUCCCUCGUUCGAAACCGCUGAGAAUCCUUUCGAGGACCAUGUUGAGAAGCCCGAGUUCCAGCCCAUCGAGACCAUCCGCCGCCCGUUCACGCCCUCGAUGGAAGACGAGCUCACCGUCAAGCCAGGCGACACCGUCCGCAUCAUCAAGGUCUUCGAUGACGGCUGGACGUUCGUCGAGAAGUUGGGAGCGAACCCAGCUGAGCGCAGCGAGCGCGAGCGCGGCCUUAUCCCUGUUGACUGCCUGCGCGAGGCUGGUCAACCCCUCCCCACUUUCAUUUCCGAGAAGCGCGUCAGCAGCUACGCUGGGGCUAACUUUGAGGGCCCCAACUACGAAGAGUUGCUUGCUCAGAUCAUGUCUGGCAACAACGCGCAUGCGGCUUAA